UGAACUUUGCAUUCGUUAGCAGAAAGUGUACAAAAUUGUACGAAAUAGAAAAUCAUCAAUAGAGAAUACGAAUUGCUUUUCGAAUAUACGGGUCGGUGAACCAACAAAUAACGAUGACAUCAAAAUUGGAAAUUAACAUACGGAGUUUAAUAGUGCAGUGUGAUGAAAUUGUCUCCAUCGAUCAACAGGACUGGAGACUGAAAAAAUACAUUAAAUCGCUGGACAAAAUGAUUCAGGAGCUGGAGGAACAGAUAUCCGACGACAAAUUAAUUAACGAGUAUCGCAAUAGAUGUGCAGAGCUGAAGAAAGCUUCAAAUUACGUGGAACUGAACCUGGAGCAAAGUCGAUUGAAGUCCAAACUUAAGGCAUCUGGGGAUUCGGGAGAGGACGUUAUCCGUGAGAUUCGUCAAAUCCAUGACCAAAAAUUCGCGAAUGAGUUGCGGAGCGAACUCUUUAAUGGGAAUUUCAAUUCAACUAUAAGACGACGUGCAGGACAGAAAGUGGCGGAGAAUUUGGAGCAAACAGUCAAACAGUAUUCGGACAUUCAGGAGAAGAUAGCAGAAGACAUGCUGCUGUUGACAAGAAAUUUAAAGGAACAAACGGAGACUGCUAAUAAAAUUAUCAAAAAAGACACUGAGGUCGUGAGUAAAUCUGCAAAGUUGACUGAUCAAAACAUGUCCUCACUGUCGAGCGAGUCGGCUAAACUUCAGGAAAGUUCCCGGAAGGCGUGGAAAUGUUGGAUGUGGAUGAUGAUAGGACUAGUGAUGCUGAUUUUUAUCUUUAUGGUGCUUUUUAUGAAGAUCAUGAAAAAGAAGACUUACUAACAAACCACGCCAGCUUACCUAAUUGCAACAGCCACUAGAGAAAUUAUCAUAGUUUUUGUGUAAACUAUACAUUCGGUUCCGUCGGGUUUUUGUUGAUUGUUAAUAGGAAACAAAUUUUUCGUGUUUCAUUGAAAA